AUGGAGGAUGGAUGGUUCCGUGACGUGUCCUUUCCUCGUGGCGCCUGCUGGGCAGAGGUCGGCUACAAGUGUUUGCUGGGCUCCGGGUCCUUCCGCUCAGGCCGGGAGGGGAACUAUGCCCGUCAGGAUGGAAUCCGGCGUGGUCGACCCAGAGCAGAUACUGUCCGGGAUUUAAUAAAUGAAGGAGAGCAUUCGUCCAGCAGAAUUCGUUGUAACAUCUGUAACAGGGUGUUUCCACGGGAGAAAUCGCUCCAGGCUCACAAAAGGACUCACACGGGUGAGAGACCCUACCUGUGUGACUAUCCUGACUGUGGCAAAGCCUUUGUUCAAAGCGGACAGCUCAAAACGCACCAGCGCCUUCACACGGGAGAGAAACCUUUUGUUUGUUCAGAAAAUGGCUGCCUGAGCAGAUUCACCCACGCCAACCGCCACUGCCCCAAGCACCCUUACGCCAGGCUGAAGCGGGAGGAGCCCACCGACGCUCUCAGCAAGCACCAGGCGGUGGACAACCAGGCUGCUGCCGAGUGGUUGGCAAAGUAUUGGGAAACAAAAGAGCAGCGCACCCCCACCUUGAAGGGAAAGCUCGCACAGAAGGCGGACCAGGAGCAGCAGGACCCUCUGGAAUACCUGCAGUCGGACGAGGAGGACGACGAGAAGAGCGGGGCCCAACGGCGGCUGCAGGAGCAGCGCGAGCGCCUGCACGGAGCCCUGGCGCUCAUCGAGCUCGCCAACCUGACCGGCGCGCCGCUCCGCCAGUAGCCUGCACACUGACUCCCACUGUACAAAAGUACUGCCCAGCAUACUUCAAAAGUAGAUCCUUGGGCAUAAGCUAAGCACCUUAUUUGCUUACCAUAGGCUGCUAUUCUGUAGAAAUUGAUGAAGAAUGUUAUUGCCCCAAAAUAUGGGGUGAGAGAGAAUUGCACUUUUUUUAUAUGGUAAUGGAUUGUUGUAAAGUUUAAAAUAUUUUGUAAAUAUGGGACUUCUAGUACAGGGUAGGAAACUACGUAUUGUGGGAAGCUAGAUUUUGCAAGUUUAAUGCAUUCAUUGGAAGCAGUUUUCACAGGAAGCACUUUCAGAAUAAGACACUUUUAGAGAAAAAAAACAAAAGCAGAAUGGGACAUGUAGCCAAAGAAGGUUAGGAGAGAUUAUUUGUAAGAUCAUUUUUAACAAUUUGUACUAGUACGUUUAACAAUACUGUCAACACUGAAGUAAGUGAGAAAGUGGAAGAUGUGUGAAAGAUAUUUUUAAAUUGCAAAAUAGUGUGACUAAUAAGACUAGAGAAAUGGAAAACUGCCUAUUUCAGAAGAUGUCCUAAGUUACAGAUUUUGAAAGAAAAGCAGAUAUUUGAGGAUCUUGGUAAGAUGCAUAAUAGUUCAGAAUUUUUAAAAUUGGAGUAAAAUUGGUCUUAUUCUAUCUUUCUGAGGCUUUACAACUUACUAUGAUGUUUAGUUUUGAAAAGCACUUGUUAUCCCUCUCUUAACUUGGGAACUUUUGCACAUUUCAUAUUUCUCAUUUGCUGAAAUUGAGUGGUUAAUCUUGCAAAGUCUAGGUAACCUGGUAAUUUUUUCUUUUUUAAAUAUGGGCCCUGUACUGAGAUUUGGCACUUGGAUUUUUAUUAAUAAAAGGGACAUCUACAGGGUUGUUUUGUAGUGAACUGUUUUAGAUCUUUUGUUAGCAAACACUAAAUUUCAGUUGUACUGCUUGUUUAGAAUUAUUAGCAAAUGAAAGCCUUCUAUUUAUAUUUUCAGUGCAUAAAGCCACCUUCUUGCUUUUCAGAAUAACAUGCCGAACUAUUUGUGCUCACUAAAUUCAAUUAUCAGUUAAACACUGCAGAAAAGAUUAGCUACUCAAAUAAGUAGGCUUCUGGGAUAGUUUUAACUGCAUGUGUGUUAACUUGUGUGGUGGUUUUAAACCAUUUUUCCAAAUAGAUGCCAUUUUUAAACACCACUUUAUGUACUGAAGCAUGAACAGAAAAAUCAAGAGCUGAGCGGUUCGCCUCCUGUAUGUAGGCAAAAGCCUCGAUCAUUUUAGCCUCUGUUUUAAGUAGAAACUAAAUAACAUGAACAACAGAAAUUUUUAUAGAUUGCUUAAUUGGAGUAAACCUCAGAAUAAUAGCGGGAAACAUGGCUCUCUAGCGCCUUUUACUUCGUAGCCGACAGAUAUGGUUAAACAUUAUCUAAAAUAUAUGCUUCUUUCUCCCCAAAUCCCAGUGUGUUGCAGUCACAGUUUCACAUGUAGCUGUGGGGAGGGGAGGGAUUAAAUGCCUUGAAAAGGAGCAAAAGUGUGAAAGAUGAUAACAAAUAAUGUAUAUGAUGAGGACAUACUUUACAAAUGUAAUCCUCAGUACAGUAAAUUACAGAUCUUGAAGGAUUUUUUAAAUAAGAAAAUUUAUAUUUGUAAUGGUCUAAGAAUUUUGUUUGUAAUCUGAUAUAUAGAAUUUUAACUUGGAGCACUUAUAGCCACAGUAAAAGAGACUAUAGCAUUGAAUUUUCUUGGUUUAGCUGUCAACAUUUUUCUCUAGAUUUUUCCUUUCAAGUAUGAUUUAAAUGAAUUAUAAAAAGCAACACUUAUCAGUCUUGGGAAAUCUAAAAUUUGAUGAAAUUACAUAAAGAAGGAAGAUGGUAAGAAUUUAAAAAAUACAAAUACUUGCCAAUUCAAAAAUAAUACAAUUUAAGGCCUUCAAAAGUAAGGGCUUUUGUUUCUCUGGUCAGCUUUUGUCAACUAUAAUAGUUAUAUUCACAUUCUUUAUUUGUAUAAUUGAAAGUUUCAGAAAUUAUUACAACUAUUUACUAUAGAAAUAUUUAAAAUAUAAUACUUCAAAAGUAGAUUCUUGGGCAUAACCUAAGGGUUUUUUUGAUAUAAGCUAUAUACUUGGACAAAGUACAUUGGCAUUUAAAAUCUGAGGUGUGUUAGGACUGCUUUUUGUUCUAAAAAUGUGGUUUACAUUCAAAUUUUUGAAGUGUUUUAUGCUUCAUUUGGCUAAGCUGUAGUUUGGCAGAAUUAACAGCAUAAGAAAUAAACAUGCUGUAAUUUGAAAAGAUGCUUUGAAUAAAAUUUUAAUUUACAUUUU